AUGGCAGUCCGGACUUUGUCCAAGGUUCUCCCAGCAAUAAGUCACGAUUUCACAGCGCCGCUGUCGAAGUCUUCGUCUUGUCUUGGGGGACACGCCAAAUUGGGGGCGGCGAUUCCGUGUAGCGCUCGUGGUCCAUUUCGACUCGCUCUUGUAGCAGAGCGCAUUCCUGAGGCGCAAAACCGCAGCGGCAAUGAUGUCUUCGGGGGUUUCCAGAGCAACUGUUUCUCGGCAGGAAACGGCGCAUUCUGCAGGUCUAGACGCCGCGCUGACGGAGAUCGGUGCUCUCCCUCAGAUUCUUGCGCAUCUGGAAAGCUUUCGUUGUCGAUGAAAUACGCAUCUUCCUGUGUAAAACCGAGAGAGGGCCCUCACUACAGCCUACAGCUAAGGGAUACCGUUGCUUCCAGUCCCCGCCCGGGUGUUUAUCGCUCGACGGUUCGCGAGAAACCCUCCCGUCCAUCCGUUCCAUGCCGCUAUUCGCUCUUGUCAGAUUUCUCUGCCAGCUCGAGGUUUUUUCCUGAAAGUUCUGUCCCAGCCAGCAAAGGCUCGUCUGCAAUAUCUCGCCAAAAACUGCGCGAACGAACGCACCCGCGUUAUUUCCAUUGCACGUCGUGUCGGCCUCUCGUGCCAGCCGUUUGCGGAAACGGAGUCGCGGGUGCUCAGCUCGGCCGUCGAAGCUUCGGAACUCAGCGUGUAGUUCAGAAGCGCCGGCAUCAAAUGCGCAUCCUUCACCCUGCUCAAACAGCGUAUGUUCCCUCUGAGCAGCGACCGCCUCCAAUUCCUCAUUCCCUCACUGCAACCAGCACGGUGAAGAGACUCUUGAACAACAACACAAUCGCUGCCAAGGAGGCCGCAAAGCGCAUCAACUGGGACGCAUACAUUUCUCACCAGAGGGGCGUGCGAUGGCACCCCCAGGGUGCGUGGCGAGUGCAAUUCUCUCGGCGGAAUCACGAACGAAACUUCUUCGUUCGAUGCGAGUGUUACUUCAGGGUGGGCACGUAUGGUUUCCAGAUGGCAAAAGAUCUGGCCAUUCGAUAUCGGCAGAGGCUCGAGAAAGAGUGGGAAGAACUUCAGGAGCAGUGGACGAAACUCGAUAUCAUGGAAGCCCAACAACGGGCGAAAUACAAGGAAAAGAAGGAAGAGCACCUACUCUUGGGCGACGGUGAGGAACAGGAACCUCACCCUGGGAGACGAAAGUAA